CUGAAAAGAGUUAAUAACAAUCCAUUGAAAAAAUCGCAGUUGUAGAGUUUUUAUAGCUGCAUCAUAGUCAUCAUAAAGUCUCUAUCCGCAACAUGUGUCAGUUUGCCUCCGUUGUUAGUGGUGUUGGACCAGUCUUUGCAGUUUUCGUCACCACCAGUUUCGUUCGCAGAAACUGGAUGUGAACUUUCCAAGCAGAGAUUGAGAUUGUAUUCCUUCGAAUGCCUUCGGCCGUAUUGAGAAAUAUCUGAAGAUGUAUACAUAUCAGUAUGGACUAUGAUCCCCAUAGUUUUACGCCAAACAUGUGGGUUGAAAGGUGGGAAAAGAAUGAAACUGGUUGGCAUUUAAAUUUUGUACACCGAAGCUUAACAACAUUCUGGGAUGAAUUAUGUCCGGACGACAAUCCCAACAAUCGGUUGUUUAUUCCGCUUUGUGGGAAAACUGAAGAUAUGGAAUGGCUGUAUCAAAACAAAUCAUGCAAAAUCAUAGGAUGUGAUCUAGCUGAACUUCCUUUACGACAAUUUGUUGAUGAGCAUAAAUCGUUGGAUAUGAAGGAGUGUUUAGUUAAGUUUAAAAAUGGCGAAGAGGUGCGGAUGUUUCAUACUAGUGAUAAUCGCUUAUGUUUGUAUUGCUGCGAUUUGUUUUCAAUGGAGAGUGCUCCGGAAGAACCGUUUAAUUUGAUAUGGGAUCGAGGAUCAUUUGUUGCUCUUCCUCCAAACUUAAGGGCUGACUAUGUAGCUUUACUUACCAGAUUAUCUACUGCAAAUGUUCGAUGGUUACAAGAAAGUCUUAAUUACCCACCUGGUCUUCACAAUACUGCUCCAUGCAGCUCAACUGAAGAGGAGAUGAAAUCAUUAUAUGAUAAAAACUACAAUAUGAAGUUGUUGAGAUAUGAAGAUGUUAAAUCUCAUAUUUUCCCAAAUGCAGAAUAUUGCUCAGAGAUAAUUUUGGAUAACUUAAAUACAUUCCAGAGUGGCUUUUUGUCCAUACUGUUCAGUGUAGGGACAAAACCCCUUCAAAUUUGGGAUAAAAAAGUUCGUAAUGGACACAUUAAAAGGAUAACAGACAGUGAAAUACAGUCUUUGGUUUUGGAGUUGUUAGGAAGCAAUGUCUCGAAUACGUAUAUAACCUGUCCGGCAGACCCGAGGAAAGCAUUAGGCGUAAAACUUCCAUUUCUUGUCCUCAUAGUGAAAAAUCUGAACAAGUAUUUCACGUUUGAAAUUGAGAUAUUGGACGAUGAAGGUGUCAAAAGACGAUUUAGAGCAAGCAACUAUCAAAGCACUACUCGUGUAAAGCCAUUCAUAUGCACUAUGCCACUGCGUCUCGAAGCAGAUUGGAAUAAUGUAUAUUUUAAUGUCGCGGACUUCACGAAACGAGCCUACGGAACUAAUUUUGUGGAAGUAUUACGCGUCCAGAUUCAUGCUAACUGUCGGAUAAGACGUAUAUACUUUUGUGAUCGCGUUUAUUCAGAUGAAGAGCUCCCUGCUGAGUUUAAAUUAUACCUUCCUAUUCAAGCAAACAAGAACAGUUAA